AUUUACUAGGAAUCUGCGCUGCAAAUAGUUAUUAUUACUAUAAUUGUUAUUAUAUAAAUGUAUUAUAUCUUCACAUUAUUGCCAUAUAUUGUGAAGCAGACGCAUAUUAUUGCAUAUAUUUCAUAUGUUUGCACUUUCAACCUUACACUGUAGAUAUACAAGCAUAUAUCUGCAUAUCCUGUUUAUCGAAGCACAUAUAAUCCCACAAGUUUGAUUGGCUGACGGUUAUAAAACGAUUAUAAUUCAUUUCGUGUGUAAGCAGCAGCCCGUGUAAGAAGUUAUAAACAUUUAUUCUUUACUUACAUCGACAAAUGAAAAGUGACAACGAUUCCAAGUGUUUCUAUACCUUAGUUUUGUGUUGAGCUGCUAGAUCAUUAUUAUUUAUGUUAACUUUGUUAUAAUAGUAAUAAAAUAAAAUAAAUAAUACAGUAACGACCAAGAUGACAGUUGAUUUAGCCAAAUCGAUUCCUGCAUUUUACGCCGGACAAAGUAUACUUUUGACAGGUCCGACAGGAUUUCUGGGUAAAGUGUAUAUUGAAAAAGUAUUACGAUCUUGUCCAGAUGUUCGUGAAAUAUUUCUGUUGAUGCGUCCGAAAAAAGGAUUAAGUAUAAAUCAAAGACUGGAAAAAAUAUUAGAUUUACCGUUAUAUGAAAAACUACGCGAUGAGCGAGCUUCUAAUUUCGAGAAAUUAAUUCCGAUUUUGGGCGAUGUUAGUGAGAAAGGAUUAGGUUUGUCGGCUGCAGACAGGCAAAUGUUGAUUGAAAGAGUGACUAUAAUAAUACAUGCAGCGGCGAGUGUAAGAUUUAAUAACAGUUUAAAAUAUGCUAUACUUUCCAACACUAGAGCAACGAGGGACAUUUGUAUUUUAGCUCAAAGUAUGAAGAAUUUAAAAGCAUUAGUGUAUGUCGGUACAGCAUUCGCACACGUGAAUAAUCCAUUUAUUGAAGAAAAAGUGUACCCGCCUAUAGCUGAUUGGCGGAAGAUGAUAGAUAUGGCCGAGUCAUUGGAUGAGCAUACUUUAAACAUUUUUACAGCUAAAUGUUUGGAUUACGCUCCCAACACGUAUAUAUUUUCGAAGAACCUAUCGGAAAGUGUGAUACAGGAUUAUUCUUCCUCUUUGCCUUGCGCGAUCGUAAGACCUUCCAUUGUGAUGCCAUCGCUAAAAGAACCAAUGCCAGGAUGGAUAGAUAAUAUUUAUGGUCCAAUAGGACUUUUCAUUGGUGGCGGAAAAGGAUUAAUACGAAUAGCCUGUUGCAAUAAAUCCGUUAACGAAGACGCAGUACCAGUAGAUAUUGUCAUCAAAGCUAUAAUAGUUGUAACUUGGAAGCUAGGAUUAACUACCUUUACAGCAGGUUCCACACCUUUUAUUUUAAACUGUACAAAUCAGAAACACCUGACAUAUCAAGAUGGUAUAAAAUUAUUAUUCAGUAUCACGCGUGAUGAGGUGCCUUUGGAAGGAAUUGUCUGGAUUCCUAAUACAAUAUUGACCGAUAAUUUUAUACUGUUCUAUAUAUUAACGAUUUUAUUGCAUAUUCUGCCAGCUAUAUUAAUAGAUCUGAUUUUAUAUUUCUCAGGACGUCGACCUAUGCUAAUACGACUGCAGAGAAAACUGUACGUGGUCAAUCGUGCUGUGAGUUAUUUUUCGUUCCAUGAAUGGAAAUACAGCAAUACUAAUAGCUUAUCUUUAAUAUCCUCAAUACCACCUGAUAACAGGGAUAUGUUUUCUUUUGAUUAUUCCUACAUUGAUAUUAGAGAAUAUUGCAAGAAUAGUGCCAUUGGUGGCAAAAAAUUUCUUCUUCACGAAGACUUAAAUCGAUUGGAUGCAGCCAGAGCACAUAGUAAAAGAGUGCAUUUGUUCGUUACAAUAGUGGAAACUGUUGUCUCUACUGGCGUAUUGUGGAUAAUGUUUAAGUGGAUCUACUCUUAUAUAUUAUAAAAUUGCUGAUUACCCAUGUUUAGUGAACUACAGUUUAUGAUAAUCAAAUCCAUAUAAUGCAUAGCUUUCAGAAGAAAAAUAAUUUUUUAGCUAAAAAAAUAUUUUUCUUUUUAUAGAUAUUUUAUUAUAUAUUUAGAAUAU